AUGGAGGCUGGAGGGCUGAUCACCGAGGUCGGUUGGAUCGAGUUCGACUUCCUGUCGCACGGCGAGGAGUCGGAGGUGAUGGCGCAGCUGCUCGGUGCCUUCCCCUCCCAUGGCGAGGAAGGUCAGCAUGACCUGCCUUGGCCUGAUCAAGCUUCCAAUGCAUACAGUGACAGUAUUCCACCUGCAUGUGAGGGCUACUAUUUUUUUAGCAACUCAAAUGAGGCCCUUGGGAGCAGCUCCUGCACUGCACCAGCAGAUGCCCUGGGCUCAGUGCAGGAGGAGCAUGGUGCAGCUGAGUUUUUGAAUGUGGCUGCAAACCAUUCCUUCAACUGUUAUGGGAAUGGUGAUCCGAGCUGUCAGGAUCUGGAUGAUCCGAGCAUCAGUAUGCUUGGCUCAGUAAGUGCCACGACAAACAAGAGCAAGAGGAAGCACAUGGCAGAAGAGCACGAUGGCCACACCCAAACAAGAGGGCGGAAAUGCGCGCGGAAUGUUGGUGAAACUAAGCGAGCCAAGAACGCCAAGAAGAGUGGAGACGAAGACUCCAGCAUGGCCAUCCCAAAUGGAAGCCCGACGAGCUGCUGCACCUCUGACAGCGAUUCGAAUGCCUCUCUGGAGUCUGCAGACACCGAUGCUCGUCGCCCCAAAGGCAAGGGCCGGGCAGGCCAUGGCGCGACGACUGAACCCCAGAGCAUCUAUGCAAGGAAGAGGAGGGAAAGGAUCAACGAGAGGCUGAAGAUCCUGCAGAACCUGGUGCCCAACGGGACCAAGGUGGACAUCAGCACCAUGCUUGAGGACGCAGUCCACUACGUCAAGUUCCUGCAGCUCCAGAUCAGGCUCCUGAGCUCUGACGACACGUGGAUGUAUGCGCCCAUCGCGUACAACGGGAUGAACAUCGGGAUCGAUCUCAACAUGGACAGAUGA